CCCGCCCGGUUCUGUCGGUCGAGGCGAGCCGAGAGUAAAUAGAAGCAGGAGCCCAAAAUGGCGGAAUCGUCGAGUGCUGUUUGUGGCGCGGCGUCGCCUGAGCAGGAAUCGUUUGGCGUUAGGCCGGCCCCGGAUACGAAGGUUUCCCGUGGGUCUCAGCCAGCCGCCAAGAAGAUGAAGGCAGCCGAUGAGAAGAGCCUGAAGGGUACUAAGCGUGUCAACGGUGAAGGGGGCAGUGCUGGUGGCAGCGGUGGGAGCGGCAAGCAGUCUCUGUCUCUGCCAGCGGUCGUGCCGAGCUACAGCAAUCCCGCGGCGUGGGGCUUCUCCGCGCUCCCUUCUGGCCCCUCCGGGAGCACGGGGGGCUUUGCUUUCCCUUCUCAACUGCCCCGGAAGCUGCUAUCGCCCGCCGUUUUGCUGCCUUCGUCCGCCUCCCCUUCCUCUUCCUUCCAGCAGCACCAGCAUCGCCACCACCGGCACCGCCUGGCUCUGUCCGUUGAGGCGGGAGGCUGCGGUAGUGGUGGGGUGGCCGGCUCUGGCGGAGGGAGCGCCAAGCCGAAGAGGCCCAAGGAAAAGCGGGACAAGGAGAGGAGGAAGCACGGGGCCCUAGCAUUGGUCGCGGCGUUGGGAGAUGGCGACGGGGGCCUGAGUGCAGCAGGACGGGAGGAGAACGGAGAGGUGAAGCUGGUGUUGCCGAAAGCUCAAGUCAAAGAUAAAAUUAAAGAAAGGGAAAAGAAGCAAAAAGAGAAGAAGAAGCACAAAAUAAUGAAUGAAAUGAAGAAAGAAAACGGAGAGGUCAAAUUAUUGCAGAAAGGUGGGAAGGAGAAACCAAAAACCAAUGCAGAAGAGCUACAGAUUAAAAAAGUUAAGAAGAAAAAGAAAAAGAAACAUAAAGAGAAUGAGAAGAGGAAGCGUCCAAAAAUGUACAGCAAGUCCAUUCAGACUAUCUGCUCAGGAUUGGUUUCUGAUACUGAUGAUCAGGAAGCCAAAGGUGUCAUAGAUGAUCAUCUUAAGGAUUUCAAUGGGAAAAAUAUGGAUCCCAAGAAGGACUAUGAGUCCAAGAUACCAGAGAACAGUGAGUUUCCAUUUGUCUCGUUAAAGGAGCCACGGGUUCAAAAUAAACUCAAAAGGUUGGACACAUUGGAGUUCAAACAGCUGAUUCAUAUUGAGCACCAGCCUAACGGAGGUGCAUCAGUUAUCCAUGCCUACAGUAAUGAACUCUCCCACUUAUCUCCUGUGGAGAUGGAGAGAUUUGCAGAAGAGUUUGUGGGUCUGGUUUUUAGUGAAAAUGAAAACUGUGCAGCUUACUAUGUAAUGGGUAUUGUUCAUGGGGCAGCUACUUAUUUACCUGACUUUUUAGACUACUUUUCAUUUAAUUUUCCCAAUUCACCAGUGAAAAUGGAGAUUUUGGGAAAGAAAGAUAUAGAGACAACGACUAUGUCAAAUUUUCAUGCUCAGGUAAAAAGAACAUACUCUCAUGGUACGUAUAGAGCUGGCCCAAUGAGACAGAUCAGCCUGGUUGGAGCAGUUGAUGAGGAAGUAGGGGAUUACUUCCCUGAAUUCCUUGAUAUGUUGGAAGAAUCACCCUUCUUAAAAUGUACACUGCCAUGGGGGACACUUUCUAGUUUAAAAUUAGAGAGUCGUAAAGACAGUGAUGAUGGCCCCAUUAUGUGGGUACGGCCAGGAGAACAGAUGAUCCCUGUGGCUGACAUGCCAAAGUCACCUUUCAAAAGGAAGAGAACAACCAAUGAAAUAAAAAACUUGCAGUACCUACCUCGAACCAGUGAGCCCCGUGAAAUGCUAUUUGAAGACCGGACACGAGCGCAUGCAGAUCACAUAGGACAAGGCUUUGAAAGACAGACUACAGCUGCUGUGGGAGUAUUGAAGGCUGUGCACUGUGGAGAGUGGUCUGAGCAGCCUCGUAUAACCAAAGAUGUAAUUUGUUUUCAUGCUGAAGACUUCUUAGAGGUGGUUCAGCGAAUGCAAUUAGAUUUGCAUGAGCCUCCGCUCUCUCAGUGUGUCCAGUGGGUUGACGAUGCAAAACUCAACCAGCUGCGAAGGGAAGGCAUUCGUUAUGCCAGAAUUCAGUUAUUCGAUAAUGACAUUUAUUUUAUCCCAAGGAAUGUUGUGCACCAGUUCAAAACAGUCUCAGCUGUGUGCAGUUUGGCUUGGCACAUCCGACUCAAGCUCUAUCAUGCAGAGGAAGAACUUUCUCAAAAUACAAGUACUGUUGAAACAGAGACCUUUGCAGACCCCAAGUCUUCGGUUAUUGGACUUCAGGCUGACAGCAAAAUUUGUACGAUGAACAAAAAUACCUCCGAAGACACCAAAUUUUCAGAUGCUCUGCAGACAAAGCAUCUGCAGCAGGAGCUUAUGCUGAUAAAACAUGAACCCUUUGCAUCUCACCGAGUGCAAGAAGAACCCAUGAAUGUUGAUCUUGCUGAAAAACCAGUGGCACCUGAUGAUGAUGGGAGCCAGAAUGUUCAGACUAGGUUGGAUCCUGUUGAGUUGACGGCAUUUAAGUUGGAAAUUAAUUCUAAAUUUGAACCUGGCAACAAGGACUUGCAAGGCAAGUUAUGCCCUGGAGGUCACAUACACCCAGAUGAUACAAGACAACAUAGCUCAUCAUAUCCAAAACUGCAUGGACAAAGAGAGGAUGAUUUUUUGUGCUAAAUUUGUAUAUGUGGUUUUAAAUUCCUUUUUAAACUUAAUGAUGUAAUAAUGUAAAGAUUCAUGAAUUCUGUGAGGCAGGUUUGUGACUUGCCUCCGCAUCUGUUACAGAAAAUAGUUAUGUAGCUUUGUAACAUUCCUCAGUGCCUGUCCAUAACUGUGAAGUAUCAAAGCACUUAGGGCCAGAUGCACUGUAAACACUGCAGGUUUAACAUAAAGAAGUCUUUAAAGAAUUUUGAGUUGUAGGUUUUAGAGUAGAGCUGACAUUUAACAUAUAUAUUUUUUGUAAGAUGAGCCAGAAUUCUUUUUGACAAUUCCAGGCUUUUCCAUAGAGCUUAUUUAUACCAAUUUUUUCAUUUAAAAUGUGUCAGCACUGUAGUGUAAAUAUCUUUUUAAAAAAAAAAAAUCUUUUUAGUGUGAUUUAUACUGAAGUGUGAGCCACUUAAUAAAGGUUCAUAAUAACAGAUUGGUUUUAUUUUUGGGUCUGCAAAUAGUAGUUCAGUUUAAUUGCCUCUUUAAAUGGUUAUGUUCAUACCUGCACUAACGCAUAGGAUGCCCUUACGCCAUAGUGGGGUGAGGAGCUGUAGCAAACUGAGGUAGAGCUGAGGCAUUCUUAGAAAACUGAGAUCAGUCAGAAUGCAAAAUCAGUCCUUCCUUCACAGGAUUCCGUACAGUUGCUCAUUAAAGGCAAUCCCCAAACUACUCCUCUCAGAUGUUAAUGGGGAACAGAGACAAACCUUCCGCUGUUGUGGAAGACAGUUGGACACCUACUGGGCUCCAGGAACACUGCCAGUGAUUGAAUGCAUCUCUUUAAAUGAGCCGGUGCAAAGAAGCAAACUCUUUCUGUGUUUGCCUCUUGCCCUUGCUCAAGCCACAGUUAAGACAAUUCUGUUUCACAUUCAAAAAACACCAACAAGCAAACAACAAAUACUCCCCCAAAUAAACAACCACUUGCCUCAACUUAAAUCAGUUAUCCGACUGACACUAAAGAAUAUUUAAAUGGUUACUUAUCAAGCUAGAAAGGCCUCGACUUAAGUAGUGACCUGCAAUUCAAGGGGCACAUUUGGAUUUGAAUUGGUCCCUGUGCUGGCAGUGCCAAGCAAUAAAGAUUCUUGCCAAUGUGUCUAGUAGGAAUAUUCCUGAGUCCCAGUCUGGAAACCAGAGUUGUUUCAUUAGUAGAACAGCAGCGGUGUCCAAGCUUACUGUUAUCCUCUGUCUCCACUUGUGGAACGCUUGACUUCUCUUAAGCAGUGUUCUGAGGGAAGAAGAUUCCAAGGCUAGCUAGCAUCUUGUGUGGUAAUGGCAAAAGCUCUGUCAUUUAACUUAUUUAAUUCCUUGUGUAACAUAUUGCUGUAUAGUUCAAACACAUCUGAAUGAUAGUUGUUUUUUUUCCAGGUAGCUACAAUAGCAGUAAACUGUCCUACAGCCUGUUCUUCAACUAAGUGUGUAAAACUUAAGACCCUAGGUUUGUGUUUAUUUCCAAAGCCCUCUGUGGCUCUGAUUUGUUGGUGGGUG